UAUAAUAAUGGUAAUAACAAAAUGCUUUGUUACUGUAUGUAAAUCCCUAGACAAAAAGAAUAAGAAUAAAAAGAGCAAAAUUCUUCAUCCCAAGAUCCAUCAGGAGAGUCAGAUUCAGACCCCAUCUCUCAUUUCCCAUCUCUCCUUGUCACAUUUAUUUCCUUCUUCUUCUUCUUUUUUCUUUUCUUUUACUGUUCUACUAUAUGCAUAAUAUUUUGAAAUUUAAUACUUAUAAUCAUACAUUUAUUGUUAUUAUUGUUGUUAGAGUCUAUGCUAGGGUCCAAGGGUUCAUCCCAAGAUCCCCUCUUCUUCUCUAGGAACUCUCAACUUCUUCACAUGGAAAUCAAUUCCCUCUAGUACAAAAUCCUAUUACUAUUGAAGCUUUUUGUAUGUAACACCAAAUAGCAGCUUAAAGAGAAAGCAGAGAGGAUCUUCUUUUAUUUCUCCUCAGAGAAGCAGAAACCAUAUCUUCAAAGAAGUCUUCUUUAAUUUUGUCGCAGGGAGAGGGAAAAGAAAGAAAAUUGAAAUACUCUCAUUUUAAUGGCAUCUUCAUCAACAAACUCACCAUGCGCCGCCUGCAAAUUUCUUCGGCGAAAAUGUCAGCCGGAAUGCGUAUUCGCACCAUAUUUCCCACCGGACCAGCCACAAAAAUUUGCAAACGUUCACAAAGUGUUUGGAGCAAGCAACGUCACUAAGCUCCUUAACGAGCUUCACCCUUCACAACGUGAAGACGCAGUUAACUCUUUGGCCUAUGAAGCCGACAUGCGUCUCCGUGACCCUGUCUACGGCUGCGUUGGAGUCAUCUCUCUCCUCCAACAUCAGCUCCGUCAGCUUCAGAUAGAUCUCAGCUGUGCUAAAUCAGAGCUCUCGAAGUACCAAAGCCUCGGUAUCCUCGCCGCCACUCAUCAGAGUCUAGGCAUCAACUUACUCGCCGGAGCAGCCGAUGGAACAGCUACCGCCGCCGUGAGAGAUCACUACCACCACCACCAGUUUUUUCCUAGAGAACAGAUGUUUGGUGGCUUGGAUGUUCCGGCCGGUAACAACUACGACGGUGGGAUUCUGGCCAUUGGACAGAUCACUCAGUUUCAGCAGCCGAGAGCCGCCGCCGGAGACGACGGUCGCCGUACUGUUGAUCCUUCUUGAGAAUUUAGGGUUUUGGUGGUUCAUCAUCGUCGAUCGCUUGGUGUUAAUGAAAUUAUAAUUAAAAAAGAAUUAUAUUUGAUGUGGAAAACCAAAAUAUUUUAAACGUAUGGUACGUCUCUCUUGAUGACAUUAAUUUAUGUUUUAUUAUUAUUAUUAUUAUUAUUAUUAUUAUUAUUAUCACUUAGAUAUAUGAUGAUAGUCCCUUUUGUAUUUCUUUCAAAUUAUAAGGAUUUAUUUCUCUUAAUUUA